AUGGCUUCGAUCUUGAAGACAUUCUGGCUAUCAAUUGCCUGUGCAUCCUAUAUCUUCCCGUCCUCUGCACAUGCCAAAUACGACAACAUCGAGUCGCCCAGAGUUGGCAUCGUAAAUGGUACAUAUCGAGGUGUUUACAAUAGCCAAUACAAGCAGGAUUAUUUCCUUGGCAUGCCAUAUGCCCAACCACCAGUUGGAGACCUUCGCCUACGAGUUCCUCAGUCUUUGAACUCAUCCUGGGCUGAUACCAGAAACGCUACCGACUAUGGGCCAAUCUGUCUAGGAACGGGACAGACGGGAGAGGUGUCAGAGGAUUGUCUUACCAUCAAUGUCAUUCGCCCUACUGGGGUUGAACGUGGUGAUGGUCUCGCGGUUGCAGUAUGGAUAUACGGCGGUGGUUUCGUUUCGGGUGGUUCAGCAAUGCAGCAGUACAAUCUCUCCUUCAUUGUAGAUCAAUCUGUACAAAUGGGCACGCCCAUGAUUGCCGUUAGUCUCAAUUAUAGACUGCAUUGCUGGGGGUUCAUGUGGAGCAAAGAGAUAUACGACGAAGGCUCCGCCAACUUGGGGUUCCGAGACCAGAGAUUGGCUUUGUACUGGAUUCAAGAGAAUAUUGCUGCGUUUGGCGGGGAGCCCACAAAGGUGACAAUCUGGGGAGAAAGUGCUGGCGCUCACAGCGUGGGGGUCCAGCUGACGGCCUAUGGUGGCCGUGACGAUAGCCUCUUUCGUGCGGCAAUCAGCCAAAGUGGUGCGCCGAGCACCUACGAUCGAUAUCAAACCGCGGAAGACUGGCAACCAUUUUACGACGCCGUCGUAGAGGCGACCAACUGCAGUACUCCAUCAGGUGAUAGCUUGGCGUGUCUGCGGACUAUUGAAACAAACGCUUUACUGAGCAUCUUUCAAAACGACAGCAUCAUCCCAACUCAUACCUUGACAGGCACCACCGGACCGCAGUUUGUCAGCGUCAUUGAUGACGACUUCAUCAUGGAAAGCGGUACAAAGCAGCUUCGCGAGGGCAACUUUGUCAAGGUCCCCUACAUGAUUGGUGCGAAUGCGGACGAAGGCACUAGUUUCUCGACCAAGGGGGCAGUGAAUACAACUGCAGAUUUCUUGAAACUGCUCGCCAGUUGGGGUCUCGACAAUAGUACAGUCACGAGCCUGGCCGCACUAUACCCAGACAUUCCCGAAAUUGGCAUUCCAAAGACCAUGGUUGGCCGACCACCGGCGGGCUAUGGCGAGCAAUACAAGCGGGCGGCUGCAUACGGCGGUGACAUCAACAUCCAUGCCCCUCGUCGUCUUGCUAAUCAGAUAUGGGCCGAGUAUAACGUCACGAGCUACAGUUAUCUCUUUGACGUUGUGACGACAGUUGCUGGACCCAACGUAGGAGUUCCUCACGGUGCCGAGGUGCCAUUUGUUUUCAAUAAUCUGCUCGGAACUGGCUACGAUAAUAGCACCAACGUCUUUCUGAAUGGGCCAGAGACAUUCAAGCAGCUGGCCGCGACAAUGAGUAGGAUGUGGGUCAGCUUCGUGACGAGACUAGAUCCAAACUAUUCUGGAACGGCCAAUGCCUAUUGGCCCGAGUAUGCUGCAUCUUAUGCCCAGAACCUCAUAUUCGAUGUCAAUAUGACUAGUCAAGUGUACAGUCAGCUAGACACAUAUCGCGCCGAAGCCAUCGCCUAUAUAGGCGCUACACUAGAUACUGCAUUCGGACAUUGA